AACUUGUUUCUAUCUUCAAAGCCCUUUGUUCAAUCUUCUUUUCUCUGGGCAGAAGAGGUCAUGACCUCUGUCAAAGAGCAAAAAGCCAUCAGGAAGCUCAGGAUUUUCUUGCAGGAAUGGGAUAGUGCCCACCAAGUUGCUUGAAGCCACAUCCUGGACAACUUAAUUGAAAGCAAUGAUGACAAGGCAGGAGCAGAGCUGGAGUCCUCCCAGGGUGCCAGCUUGCUUCUGUCUCAUCUAGUAGCGUGACAUAUCUCCUUGUCAAACAGCUCCAUGUACAGCACAUGCCUUAACAAGCUGUUCAAGUCCAUUGGUAUCUUCUCUACUGCAAAUGGAUGCAGAUCCCUUGUUGAAUUUCUGGAGAUUGGAGGUGUCUUGCUUCUCCUGGAAAUACUGGGACUGAACCACCAGAAAAAAGAGGACAAAAGAGAGACAAAGCUGCUGCAGCUCAUGGCAAAUGCUGGCAGGAAGUAUAAGGAGCUCAUUUGUGAAAGCUAGGGGAUGCAAUCUCUCCUCAAGUUCCUGGUCAUUUUCAAGUUAGCAGAGGCACAAGAAGAUGUGAAGGUUCUGCUGGACAUCUUGGGCUGCAGGAACCCCAAGUGCCAGAACCAAGUCUACAAAAGCCUCAUUGCUGUGCUACUGUGCACCUCCUCCAGAGCCCAGCAGCUGGCCCUGCAGACACUGAGGGUCAUACAGGGGUCAAGCCGCAUUGCGAAUCCCCUGCGCAGGAAAUUCCGCACCGCCACUACCCUCGCUGGGGGCGGCCUCCUCGUUGGCCUCGCCUGGUCCGAAGAAGAGUGGGCGAUCGGGCGGGGCUCGAGUGGCCCCUUCUCCCGGUCUGGGGGUCAUACACCCAGGGGGCAGUGCGGGACAGCGCUGGGCCGGCCCCGCUGGACAAAGCCGGCCCAAGCUGCCGAGGCCGGUGGGCUGGACCGAACCACGGUGUCGGUGCCGCAGGUGCAUCACGGCUCCGCGACCGCUCGCGACGAGGUACGCCGCCGGGGUUCGUCCCGGUCCGCGCUGUCCGAGUGCCAUGGCCUGUGCGCCCGCGGCGGGGACGGCCGGGCCGGGGGUCGUCGGGCCGGGAGCAGUGGCUUGGCCGCGUCUGUCGCCCUGACCUAUGGGGCACGGGGCAGGCGGGCGGUGCGCCGGGGGCGGGAGCGGGCGCUGGCCUCGAGGAGGCUGCUGAAGUCCCCUGUGGCCCACGAGGUCUAGCCGGCUCUGCUUGAAGGCCUGGUUGUGCUCCUGACACCACCCAGAAAGAAAGUGUUUAUCUUCUGCAAAGAGACCACUCACGACCCACCUGCGCUUUGCUUAAGGGAACCUGUGCUGAUAUACAUUCAGCAAGCAGCUGCUGCAAAAGCCACUGGCACAUUAGCCAAGGGGUCAGCAGAAGUGGCUGAAGAGCUGAUCCAGCUGAAAGUGGUACAUGGCAUGAUGGUUGCUGUGGGGAACCUGAAUCACAUGGUCAGACAGAGACAUUCCAACAUCUCCCUGGAGUAUUUUGUCAACACAUUUCCCUUGGUGGAGGAGUGCAUAGAGAAGGCAGUAGGACACACAUUGUUCCAGCACUUUUUGGAUAGGCCUGAGACCUGGUACACAAAAAUGGACUCAGUUCAAGCUGAACUACUGGCUUCCAUUAUAGCAGGCAGCCCCAGAGACACAGCAAGGACACAGUACACAGCUGUGCAGAUCUGGGAGACAGUCACUGAAGUUACACCCUCUUCAGGGCCAGAAGGCAGCUCAGGAAGCAAAGAGGUUGUGUAA